AUGGCUGCUGCAGUCGAGAUGGUGGUGAACGACGCCCCUUUUGAUCUGGCUGUCGGACCAGAAGCCGAAGAAGAGACUGCACCCGAGGAGCGACCUGACCUUCUCGAAGCCGAAAAUGGGGAACUCCAAAAGGCGACGUUCGAGGCGUUCGUCCGCUGGUUCCUCUUGUGUUCGAUCCGGUUCUUACAUCGCUAUGUGGGCACGUUGAAGGACAGCAAGAAAAUGGAAGUUAGAGUCAAAAGGGAGCUCGCCUUGCUCGAUAACCUCCCUAUCCUUUACCCAUUUCGCUCAAGGAGGACAAAGUAUAACAAGCCUGCUAACGACUACUUUUGGCGCAAGGUCAAAGCCCAAGUACCUGUGCCAUCCGCUCCGGAGGAUGGGUUUUUGAUCAAGGUCCACGCUGCAGGAAUUUGUCACAGCGACUACACUCUGCUGGCUUCUACUCUGAAACGGCCAGGAUUCCCCGAUCGUUAUACACUGGGCCACGAGGGCGCUGGCGAGAUCGUCCAGAUUGGCGAAAAAGUUACCUCCGAUCUGAAAAUUGGAGACAUGGUCGCGGUUCUGUCUGUUCCCGGUUGUGCGGCCCCGGACUGUGCGGAUUGCUCCCGUGAUCUUGCACAACUAUGUACUCGUGGCCAACAGUAUGGGCUAAAGGACGAUGGGUCAUUUGCGGCUUACGUUGCAAUCAAAGCCCACGCUGCCGUUCCUAUCCCGCAAGGGGUGGCGGCUACUCUGGCCACUUCUUCCACAGAUGCGUUGAUGACCCCGUUCAAUGCAAUCGUCAACAGGGCAAAGUUGAAGAAAGGCGAGACUGUUUUAAUUUUGGGAAUUGGUGGGCUGGGAUUUAAUGCCCUUCAGCUGUCGCUUUGGCUCGGGGCAAAUGUUUACGUCCUGGACAAGAGGCAGGAGGUAUUGGAACGAGCAAUCAUCUUCGGCGUACAACGCGAGAAUACCUUUACUAGCAUGGCAACGCUUUCGGAGUUGAUUGCCUCCAAGAACAUCCUCAUUGAUACGGUGGUGGAUUUUGUUGGCAAUGAAGAGUUGUUCAUCACGUCCCAGAGCAUUGUACGACGUGGAGGCACGAUUGUUGUAGUGGGAAUCCAGGCAAUGCGCCUAAGCCUUGAUAACGCCACUAGCCUUCAGAAGCAGCUCAACAUUCUGUACAGCUUCGGCGGAAGUGCAGGCGACGUCAAGAAAGGGUUGAAGCUGAUUGCAGAAGGCGUGGUUAAACCUCAAAUAAAAACAGCGCCGUUGAGCGAAUUCCCGCGUCUUGUGGAAGAUCUGCACGAUGGACGGGUGGAGAGCCGAAUGGUGUUAAUUCCGGACAUGUAG